AUGUUUAAAUCCGAAUCUUUCAACCGCGUGGGUCGGAUACUCAAAAAGUACUACACUUUUAUAGGGCCUGGUCUUGUAGUCUCUGUGAGUUAUAUGGACCCAGGCAAUUACCUGACGUCAGUAUCGUCUGGGUCGAUGUACCAAUACAAACUUUGCUUCGUUAUUUUCAUGUCGAAUCUUUUUGCCGUCGUUUUACAAUCACUUUGUGUGAAGUUGGGAACAGUCACAGGUCUAGACUUAGCUGAGAUGUGCCGAUUGCACCUUCCAUACCAUUGGAACUUGUGCAUGUAUGUUUGUGCUGAGCUUGCUAUAAUCGCGACAGAUUUGGCUGAGGUUGUCGGGACGGCAAUUUCUUUAGAGAUUUUGUUUGGAAUCCCGUUGAUUUAUGGUGUUCUCAUUACGGUGUUGGAUGUCUUAAUCGUUUUGAUGGCCUACCACAAAGACGGGUCUAUGAGACAAACUAGAAUAUUUGAGAUCUUGGUAUCUGUGCUUGUAUUUGCAACUUGUAUCUGUUUCGUCUUGGAAUUGUUUAACUGUAAUUUUGAGGAAGGUGCUCUUGGAAACAUCAUCAGAGGCUUCCUUCCUCUCCAUAAGGAGAUAUUCCACGAACAAACUGCCUUGUUCUUGAGUUGUGGUAUUGUUGGUAGUACAGUGAUGCCCCACUCGUUGUUCUUGGGUUCUGCUUUGGUUCAGGCUAGAUUGAAAGAAUUUGAUAUCAAGAACGGAAUCAUCCAAGAACAAGGAGAAGAUGAAGACGAUGACGACGAGGCUAGUAGCAUUGUUCCGCAGGAGGAAUUCUUGCCGGCUACUAUUAACAAUUUCCGUAAGAUCUCUGACGGAACGAAGUUACUCAACAAGUAUAGGCCUUCGUACAGGGCUAUCAAAUACUGUUUGACAUAUUCUUAUGCUGAGUUGAUCACUUCUUUGUUUAUCGUAGCCGUAUUCGUCAACUCCUCUAUCUUAAUCGUGGCAGGUACUACUUUGUACGGAAAACCAGAUGCAGCAGAUGCAGACUUGUUAUCGAUAUACGAAAUGUUGUCUUACUAUAUUAAUCCAGCUGCGGGACUCGUCUUUGCACUUUCCAUGCUUUUCUCAGGUCAAAGUGCUGGUAUUGUCUGUACUAUGGCUGGUCAGAUUAUCAGUGAAGGAUUCAUAAACUGGACACUUAAGCCUUGGAUCAGAAGAAUUAUCACCAGAAUAUUGGCUAUCUUGCCAGUGUUGUUUGCCAUAGGUAUUCUAGGUCGUGAAGGUGUUUCAAAGAUCAUGAACUCCUCUCAGGUGGUGUUGAGUUUCAUCUUGCCAAUAGUCAGCGCUCCUUUAAUCUGGUUUACGUGCAAAAAAGAAUACAUGACAGUCUACGAUACAUCAGACGAUGCUCCUGCUGAUGAAACAAGUUUGCUAUUAAAUAACAGCCAGCAGCUGGUGGACUUGCCCACAACCGAAAUAACCGUGAGAAAAUUGACCUUCGAAAAUGGUAUUGUUCUCACCAUUGCUAGCGUUCUUACUUGGACUAUUAUCACGGCCUUGAACAUCUAUCUCAUCAUUGCGUUUGCCAAUGGCGCCGACAUAUAA